CGAAUGGACUGCCACGAUGACGCGUCAAGCCUUCCUAGCUCGCCACCUUGAAGCUUGAGUCUGUUAUCAUCCUGUGCUCCACUUGUACAUAGUGUUUAUUUAUGCCGCACGUGGCACUGCAAUCCAAAAGCCCAGGUCUUCUGCGGGAUGUCGCACAUGAUCGAGCUUGAGAGCCUGAGAGAGGAGCCAAUUUCACCAACGUUGGAUUAUGGAGAAGAUCAUGGAUUGCUCGUUUCAUAUUCAGACGCUCGAGCGUACAAGACCCCGGCUUGCUUCAGAGGCAUUUGGGAGAAAUUGAAGCACGAAGCCAAACAGAUCUUCCACCCGAGUGCGGCAGUAUUCCCCAAGAGAAUUGCCAACCUGUUAUAUGCCACCACCUUGAUCUUCUUUGGUAUCUUUAUCUCUACCAUCACAAUCGCGUUCUUCCGUUGGAAGGCGACGGACCCAUUCGAUACGUUCUUCGCGCGAUUCUGGGAUGAAGGUCCUUCCUCCGCGCACAAUCCUGCAAAGUACCCAAUUGAAUUCUUCGGGAACGUCCUUCCUAUCCCGUGUCACUCACACAAUGACUACUGGAGAAGGACUCCGCUCUUCGCGGCCUUAGGCUCGGGCUGUAUCAGUGUCGAAGCAGAUGUUUUCUAUCGCAACAACGAGCUUUAUGUUGGCCACACAGAGAGCGCCCUACACCCAGGUAGAACCCUCAAAAGCAUGUACAUCAAUCGUCUUGUGGAUCUUUUGGACGAGAUGAAUCCAACACAUUGGAGAGCCGCAGAUCCAAAGGGGGUCUUUUACAAUGCUCCACAUCAGAGCUUGACGCUAGUGGUGGACUUCAAGACUGCAGGGAACGAGACAUGGUCGGCAUUAUAUGAGCAGCUGCAGCCGUUGCGGGAGAGAGGUUGGCUCACCAAUUGGAACGGAACACAUCGUGUUGAGCGCCCACUUACGGUUGUCGCAUCGGGUGCGGCGGACUUCGAUCUUGUUGCCUCACACAACCAAGUACGAGAUAUCUUCCUCGAUGCCCCGCUUGCCGAGCUAGACCAUCCGUUUGACGAUGGAACAAGAUUUCGGUACAACGUGUCCAACUCUCACCUCGCAUCUGCGAAUUUCCACGAUGCUAUUGGGUCGGUCUUCCGCGGCAAGGUCAACGAUGAACAGGUACUGUUAAUACGCAAACACACCCAAAGCGCACAGCAGAGAGGGUUGGUACCUCGAUAUUGGGGGACGCCUCGAUGGCCUCGAGGACUGAGAGAUGAAAUAUGGGCAUUGCUAGUUCGGGAAAAUAUAGGCCUGCUCAAUGUUGAUGACUUGAGAGGUGCACGGAAAGGCAAUUGGGGCUCCUGGUCCUGAGGUGUUGGCAGGCAGUUGCGCAGCAAUUUCUCAUCGUUAUAGUGGAUGGUGAUGGAGCUGGUGCAUUGCAGGAGAUUCGUGAGAUCAGAUCGGAGAGAUGAAAUCAAUAGUCUUGACUUCACAGUGGCCAUGCAGUCCAGACUACAGGAAUGUAUGGAAGCUCCGAUAAAUGACACAUGUACUUUAUUUAAUCUUA